AGAAAACUACGCGAACAGUCUACAAGCAUCCAUCACUUCUGACAGACAUACGCGUAGGCAUUGACUGAAAAAAGGAAGCAAAUCGAGCAAAUGGAUUAACUUCAAUCGUUCGUUCUUGAAGACGGCCUUUCGUGCAAAUUGUAAGAAAAGCUUAAAGCUCAUCUAAGCGAAGUUUAACGUCGAACUUAUAUUCUAAAGUGAAAAUGUCGAUGAUAGCUAAAUUCAAACGAAGAAGCAGUGCUCCCAAUUUAGAUGUGGUGAACGCCGACAAGCAGAAGCCAGCUUUGACAAGAAGGCAGUCGGAAAAAAGCAUGAGAGUUCCAACAAUUCCAGAGGCAAUUCCGGAAACCCCGAAGACAAUGCCGAAGUACUACAUCCAAGGUCUUGACAGAGAAUCUUCUGAGAACUUACUACAUGAACAGCCUGUUGGUACAUUUCUUUUAAGAGACAGACAGUCAUCCAAUAUUCCAGGAUCGUACACUCUAUCGAUGAGGGACAAAAGCAAUCAGUGUAGACACUUUAAGAUUGACACCAACCCAAGAAACGGAAAAUUAGCUAUCCAUGGAUACCAGGACCAUCAGUUUGAAAGCUUGGAAAAAUUGAUAGACUUUUUUGUGAAAAAGCAAAAGAAUGCGGAAGUGUCUAUAAAGCCUUACGGUUGCGAAGUGGGGCCUGCUCCUAAUGUUCUAUAUGAAGAUAUGAACGAUGGCAUAGACUCUUAUCAAACUAUCAAUCCAGACGUGACGGCGCUUCAAUGUACUCCCAGGAAAGAACUCUACGAAAAUUUUGACAGCAAAAAAUCGCCACCAGCUCCUACGAGACCGAAUUACGAAAAUAUCGACAGCAAGACCUCUCCACCAGUUCCUACGAGACCAAACUACGAAAAUAUCGACAGCAAGACCUCUCCACCAGUUCCUACGAGACCGAACCACGAAAAUGGCGUCAGCAAACCAUCGCUUCCUCCUACGACACCAAAUACGAAACCAAGCUACGAAAAUAUCGGCAAAAAAGGAGGAAUGAGACGUCCACCACCACCUCAACUACCGGAAACAGACCAAAACUAUGAAGAUAUGAUUCCAGAACCUCGAACAAGUACUCUUCCUUUUAAACUCAAACCUGCAGAGCAGCCAGGGCCUUACCAAAACCUCCCACCAAGAGGCGAGACUUUGCCUUUGCCUCCAAGGCGUCCACCACCAAUUACUGGGACGUCUCGUACGAAACGAAAAGGAAGUCUCCCAGCCAAUUUUGAGAGCUAUAUAUCGAGGGAGGCCUCUCAUCCUCCGCCCCCUUUACCUGCGAGGCCACAUGCUUCGACCAAUUACCAGAAUUUACCAGGGCGAGGCUCUACGACUGUCGACUGUCCUGAAGUACCGCAAAGAAGACACCCACUACAUCGAUCCUAUACCGAACCAGACACUAGGUUCUAAGUAUCAGUGCCCCAUGACGCUUAAUCCGGAGCGUUCCUGGAUUCCAGGUCCACAAUUUUGUCAGAUUCCACGCUAUACUAUCAAAACUAUUCGAAUUGCUGAAAACCGCGAAAUAUUAUUCCAAGAAAAAACGCGGACAUAUGGAUAGCAGAAUUUGAUUUUGAAUGAACGUUUUACUAAAUAUCAUGCAAUGUAAUAUAGCUCAUUAGUAUCCAAUGGUAUCAUGGACGUUGUCCUUCAGUUGCAUCGUAUCAAAGAAUGUAGUAUUAAUGAAUAGAAGAAAUAUGAGAUCAUACACUA